CACGAGCACCCCGCAAGCUACUUUCCACCGCUCUCUGGCCCUUUCACUUUAAACACCCUCACCCUCCCCUCUGAAUCCCCGCCCGAUGGCACGAGCACAGAAACUACAAAAAUUUGCGAAGAAGCCCCACGCGCCGUCGCAGAGGACCUCGAACGCACUCGGGUACGCGAAACGCCAGGCGCAGAAGGGGAAGAGGCCGUCAAGGGCGGAUGUCGAGGAUGUGUAUGAGUACCAGCAGGAGAAGGUGCGGCGAGCGAAGGUGACGCUCCAGUAUGAGCGGGACGAGCUACUCGGUGCGCGCGGGGAGGGCAGCGAUGAGGAGGAUGAGGAGGGCGGCGCGGGUCAUGCAGGGAAGGGGAUGAGGCCCAGACUUAUUGGAGAGGGAGAUGAUGAUGAGCGGAUAGGCGAGGACGAGGACGAAGACGUUGAUAGCGACGAAGCAUUCGAUGAGAGCGAUGAGGAGAGGUUCGCGGGCUUUGGCCUUUCACAAAAGAAGAAGCCUAAGGCGCAGCACAAGAAGCGCAAUGCACCUAAGCCGUCUCGUGCCGUAAGGUUCGCAGAAGUCGACCUAAACGAAGACGAGGACGAAGCAGGCCCCUCCCAUGCUGCGCAUGAAGCAAGUGUAGCGUCAGAUGACGAUGAGGACGACGACGAGCAAAGCGAAGAGGGGGAGGAGGAAGGUGAUCCUGAUGAGUUCAUCGACGUUCUGGAUGUCCUCGACGGAAGGGGCGAACCACACAGUGAAGAUGAAGCGGCCCACCUCCAAGGAGACCUACGGAAGCCUGUAGCUGCUACCACUCAUGAAGGCACCGAGGAAUUAGCGCAGGAUGAAGAUGAAGAGAUGCGGGAUGGAGACGACGAAGACGGCGAGGACGAAGAAGAGGGAGAAGAGGGGGACGAGGACGAAGAGAUCUCCACCUCAGAAGAAGAGGGCGAAGGGGGCGAUGAGUCUGCGCUCGACAACCUGGAGAGAUUUGUCACAAACCUCGAUGCUGGACAUAAGCGAAAAUCGCCCGAUGCCGAGGACGGCGAGCCUACACAACGAGCGAAGAAGAGGCGAUUGCUUCCCGAACGCACUGAAGCAGGGGAGGAGAAUGAGUUCGCUGCGCAUGUCGGCUCAGGGAAGCUGCAGAUCGAUGACCUGCUCGCACCUCUCGCCGGACAAUCCUCGAACUUGCAGAGUCUCAAGAAGUCAGCCAAGAUCCUCACCUCUCAGUCUGGCCCAGGAAAGACGCUGGCCGCUCCUCUCCCACAGCGAACAGCCGAACGAUUGGACCGGGAGGCUGCAUAUGAGCAGACGAAAGAGGAGGUGGACAAAUGGACAGCGACUAUGCAACGGAUCAAGGAGGCGGAACAUUUGAGCUUUCCGCUUCAGGCCCAGCCCUCAGGGAAGACUUCCAACCUUGAGCUUGCGGCCAAGUUCAAGCCAACUACGGAACUCGAGAGUGCCGUAGACAAGCUUCUGAAGUCAGCCAAAAUGCGUGACGAAGACAUCGCCCAGACCGAGUCCCUGAAGAUGAAUCACCUCUCCGUCGAGGAAGUCAAAGCGCGCCGCGCCGAACUCUCCAAGAUGCGCGAGCUGAUGUUCCGUGCGGAGGCGAAGGCGAAGCGCGUCGCGAAGAUUAAGAGCAAGACCUACCGCCGCCUCAAGAAGAAAGAGAAGGCGAAGCUCGCUGCAAAGCUCGGCGAGGGCGCGUCGGAUGUGGACGAGGACGACGAGGAAGUACGGUUGAAGCGCGAGGUUGAGCGUGCGCGGGAGCGGGCGACGCUCAGGCAUAAGAACACGGGCAAGUGGGCGAAGGCGAUGAAGGUGCGCGGUGAGCUGGACGUCGACCAGCGGAGAGAGAUCGCGGACAUGCUGGACCGAGGGGAGAAGCUCCGGAGGAAGAUCCAGGGCGGGAGCGAUAGCGACGAGGAGAGCGACGAGGAUAGUGAGGACGAUGGAGACGAGGAGAUCGCGGCGCAGCGGGUCAGGGUCAGUGCGUUUGAAGAGCUUGCCGGCUUGGAGGACGCUCCUGCGGAUGCGUCCGAUGAGGGAGGGAAGAAGGGCAAAAGCAUCUUCGAGAUGAAGUUCAUGAAGGAUGCGAUGGCUAGGGAGCAGCGCAAGGUCAACGAGGAGAUCGAUGACUUCGUCAAGGAGAUGGGUGGGCAGCUGCCUGAUCCUGACGCGGAUGGAGACGACGCUGUAGAGGGCGAGCAAACUUACUCCGCGUCUGUGCAACGCGUCGGUGGUCGUGUCGCCUAUCGACCCGGUCCACCUGGUGCUGACUCCCUUCGCCCGGCUGGUUCGCUUGCCUCAGACACCUCAAGUGUCACCCUGAAGUCCACCGAUCUUCUCGGACCCUCUGAACCAACCUCGCCUGCAACCACAUCCCCUGUUACACAGCGCCCCGCUCCUCUGCCCCUCGCCGAGGAAGUCAACCCCUGGCUUGCGCAUCCCGAAGAUGCCGACCGUCCUGCCCAAAAGCGACACGAGGUCAUCGUUGGCAAAAACAGCGCGUCCGUCGAGAAGUCGAAAAACAAGCUGCGCAAGCGGAAGGAGAAGCGCGAGGAGGCGAAGGAGAAGGCGAAGGAAGAUGCAGCGGUCGACGUCUCAAUGUCGAACAUCAUGACCUUAGGCGAUACCACCCCGACUGCUGGCCCGUCGAAGCAGAAGACGGCUGCGGCAAGCAAGUCGACGGCGGCUCAGUCGUCGAACGCGCAGCCCACGGAGGACGACGGUGACUCCGACGCUGAUAGCGAGGUGGAAGAGCAAGAAAAGCGGCUUGCAGACCCUAAGGGCAAGGGCAAGGGGAAAGCGAACGGCGUGAAAGCCUUCCAGCAGCGAGACCUGGUCGCCCUCGCCUUCGCGGGCGACAACGUCGUUCAAGACUUCGCCGAGGCAAAGCGAAGCGAGAUGCAAGAAGACGCGCCGAGGGAGGUCGACACGACCCUGCUAGGCUGGGGCUCCUGGGGUGGGAAGGGCGCGAAGAAGGCGCCGCUCAAACCGCACCUCAUCAAGAAGGUCGCGGGCGUCGACCCGAGGUCGCGCGCGGACUACGGCAAGGCGCACGUCAUCAUCUCGGAGAAGCGCGACAAGAAGGCGGCGAAGUACAUGGUCAAGGACCUCCCGUUCCCGUACACGAGCAAGGCGCAGUUCGAGCGCAGCCUCGAGGCCCCGCUCGGCACGGAGUGGAACACCCGCCUCGGCUUCCAGAGGGCGACGCUGCCCAGGGUUGUUACGAAGCCUGGUCAGAUAAUCGCACCGUUGGAGAAGCAGCAUUCGUAGUUUGGUGGCUUGUGUGGUGUUGCACGUCUCGUCAACUGUAUCUGUCCCAUCUAGCAUUGCAAUCUUACUCGGAACGCAUUCGCACGGAAGUUUGAACAUCAUAUAAACGGCAUUUGCAUUACAUUACACU